UGGGCGGGUCUUUGUGUUCGGCUCUAUCGACAGUAUGGCGGACGAUGGCGACAGGUCGACUGGAGCUGUUGAUACUAGUGGCGGGCAGAGAACUUCAGAUGAGUCAGACGGGUUCAGUCUUGGCGGGAUGUUGUUAAAUAUAAGUAUUUUAGUUUUAGUGGUUACGAUCUGCUAUGUUAUUUAUCGGCGAUGGGGUAAACGGAUUGGUGCUGACGCGGCCCAGGGAAGCGAGGCCUCGUCUCUGCCGAAGAUGAGAAGACGUGAUUUCACUUUGGAGCAACUUGGGGAAUACGAUGGACUGCAAAACCCCCGGAUCAUGAUGGCAGUCAAUAUGAAAGUAUUCGAUGUUACCACCGGCAAAAAGUUUUAUGGUCGAGACGGUCCUUAUGGUAUCUUUGCGGGCCGGGAUGCAUCAAGGGGUCUGGCCACGUUCUGUUUGGAGAAAGAUGCCUUGAGGGAGGACUAUGAUGACCUGUCAGACCUCAACGCUGUUCAGAUGGAGUCAGUCAGAGAGUGGGAGAUGCAGUUCAUGGAAAAAUAUGAUUAUGUUGGUCGGCUAUUAAAGCCCGGGGAUGAGCCUUCAGAAUACACGGAUGAAGAGGACAUCAAGGACCACCUGAAACAUGACUGAACUGUUGCCCUGCUCUGUUCUGUUCACACCACCAACCAAAGCCAGGACCCAAACAGCUGCCAGCGCCCGCCUGCCCCUCCUCUGCCCCCCUCUCUCCCCAGCCCCCCUCUCCCCCGCCUUCCCUCCCCAGCCAUUCGUCCUCCUCUGAUUGGAUGGUCCAGUGGGCGGGCUCUGAACUGACUCCUCCAUCAUACAGAUCACCACCAACAGAAACCAAUGUUGACAAACUGUUUCAGGGGGAUUUGAAGGACAGUAACUGGGUUUUGUGCUGUUAGAAUAUCUGAAAAAGGAAAAGAAACAAAACAUUGCUAGAAUGCUAGAAUUUUCCUUGUGAUGUCACGGUUCUCUUCAUGUAAACAGAAGCAGAGUGGUUGUCAAGCUGAGAGGUUGUGAUGGUCAGAGAAGACUGGGUGGAAAGGGAGAGCUUUUAGUUUUCUUCUUCUCCCUCCUCUCAACUGCUUUAGCAUUCGAUUUGAACCUUAUCAAUCAAUUAAUCGAUUGCCUGUGGGACUUUUGUUGAAGAAAAAAACAUUUGUUUAACUUUCCCCAAUUGAAAAGGCAGUGCUGUGGCCUAACCAAAGGCAAUGGGAGGGGAGUUAUAUGUUCCUGUGUUGGUAGUGUGUACACUACUAGGUUCUCUCUGUCAACAUGUCGUUCUGUUUGUGGGGUUCCAUGUGAUUCUAUUUGUGUGUGAUUCUAUUUGUGAGGGGGGGAUAGUAACAUAUUUAGAAUCACUCAGAUUGAUUGAUUGGGUAAUACAAAGGGAAGGUCAGCUGACAGACAGUUCUGAUCAAUCAACCAUUUCCAAGCCACACUACUAGAUGUCUGUACAAUCCCCAGGACAUGAAAUGGUCAAAGUAUUAAUUGUGCCUUAUUUUGUUUUAUACUACUAAAAUCCUGACCAGUCUAAAAAAAAAAAAAAAAGUGGGAGAUUUGUAAAACUAUUGUACCCUUCCUGUUUAUUAGAUCUUUAUCUUUGAGGUGUUCUGAAGAGCAGUCUGCUUUAGAGGUAUCAGAUGAAGGCAUGCUCUGGUCUGAGAGACUCCCCACAUCACAACCUUGUAUGUAUAUAUAUAUAUAGACCUCUGUGUUACUGCCAUAUUUAUGUAGUUAAUGAUGAAUUCCAUAUAUUUCUGUGUUGUAUUGGCCAAAAGCCCCUUUUUCUUUUUUUUUUUAUUUUUUUAUUUUUUUUUUAUAAAUGUGGGUGAAUUUCAAAAGGAACAUUGAAAGUGCUGUGGGGUGGGAUCGGGGUAUGUUCAAAUUUGGGAAAGAAGUCGCUUGUAAAUAUAUCUAUCAUUUUAUUAAAGCAUGUGCAACAAUGAACUAUUGAUGAACUAUGCUGAAUUCCUGCCAAGUCAUGUAUUUAAUGUUGGGUAUGUGUCUGCAGAGAGAGAGACCGAGGCAAGGGAUUCCUUCAUGCAUAAUAAACUGAUUUGGUUAAUAAUUAA